AUGAAACACUAUAAAGAUUUCACGUGUUUUAUGAUAAAUGAACUCAAUGAAAACAACAAGCUUAAACAUGUCGAUCAAUUCAACCUUUCUAAUACAUCGAGUUUGCAACAUAGACUUUCGUUGGCAACUUUCAACCUACCCCACCGAAAAGAAAAAUGGACCAUAUUCAAUGUUUACUUUCAAUCUGGAAUAAAUAAAGAAACCAAACAAGACCAAUUUACUGCACAACUUGAAUUUAUCAAAAUAGUAGAAGAAUCAAUCACAAGAUUCAAGAAUCAAUUUCCUUCAACAAAGAUUAUCAUUGGAGGUGAUUUCAAUAACAUCAUGGAUACAGAAUUAGAUGUCAUUCUACCACCUACAACCAAGUCUUAUAAAUUUAAACAUAAGGAAAAACAAUUGAUACAAGAAAUGAAAAGAUUUUAUGCCAAAUUUCAAUUAUCAGACGCUAUGAGAAUGGUAUUCCCGACUGCGAUCAAUACCACUAAUUCAGGGAGCAAAACACAAGCUAAAAGAAGGUUAGAUCGAUUUUAUAUUGGAAAUGACUUGAAAAAUAGAAUCCUCGAUUAUAAAACCGUUGAGGAAGUUAGAAAAUUUUCAACUCAUCAUCUUAUCACCAUUGACAUCUGGACAAAAAUCGAAACGUCACCACUAAUUGGUCGACCUCAUUACACGAUUCCUCAAGUGAUACUAAAUAGCUCAAACACAAUCAAAUAUCUAAAUGAGAGUAAUUACAAAUCUGACAACAUCAAUAACUCAGGUGUAUUCAAAAACUGGGAUAACGAAAUCAACUUCCUCCAUGCUCAAACUACCUCAAUUAGCCAUCUUGAAAAUCAAAUCAAUCGAAUUAUACAAAGGAGAAAUAAUACACCCGUUCAACGCGAACUUUACAUAGAAGAUCAACAUAUCAUUAAAUAUAGAGUAAAGAGAAAGGAACUUUCAAUCAUUACAAAUUUGAAAAAAGAAGACGGAAGUUUGGCUAAAACAACAAAUGAUAUGCUUUCAGUAGCAACGUCCUUUUGGGAAAAUAUUUAUAAAACAAAAGAUAGAGGAAAUGAUUUUUCACUAGUACAUGACUUCGACAGAAAUUUGGCUAUUCAAGAUAUUACUGAUUUAGAAAGACCUUUCACGGAAGAGGAACUACUAAAACAUCUAAAAUGUAUAAUGAAACCAACGAGUGCAGGUAUUUAUGGUCUCACUUAUAAAGCAAUACAUAAAUUAUGGCCUAGAUUAGGUAAGUUAAUAUGCAAAGUCGGCAAUGAAAUUAGGGAAUCUGGAGAAUUACCAGAAUCAAUGAAAUUAAUUUUAAUUAAGCUAAUACCAAAAAAGACUGAUUCAACUUUGGAAGUUAAAAAUCUACGUCCUAUUGCUAUCAUAAGUACAUCUUUACGUUUACUAAGCUCCACAUUUCAAGUUAGAUGUGAAAAAGUCUUUUCUAAAAUCAUCCAUCAAGAUCAGUCGGGGUUUUUGAGAAAUAGAAACAUAAAUACGAAUACCUUUGUGGUAAAGAAAAUAUUACAAGAAAUGACUUUACAUCCGGAAAGAUCAAUGGACCAGUCACUAUUGAUGCUAGAUCUUUACAAAGCAUUUGAUCUGGUGAAUCACAUAUUUUUACAAAAAUUAUUACACAAGUUGAAAAUAGGAAAAUAUGCUUUCAAUUUUCUUACUGCAAUUUCAGCAAAGCAUCUAGCACAAAUAGUCAUCAAUAACACUAGAGGCAAAGUAUUUAAUCUUGGGUCUGGAGUGCGACAAGGCAAUCCAUUAAGCCCAAUUCUUUUCAAUUUGAUACUAGAAACAAUGCUAAAUCAACUAAAUAAAAGAUUGAUUGGAGCUACACUAACAUCGUGGUUCCGUAUUCGUUAUCAAGCAUUUGCGGAUGAUGUAAUCAUUUGUUUGAAUGGUACAUCAGAUCUCAAAAUAGCAAAUGAAAUUCUAAAAUUAUUUGAACAGCAAUCGGGACUACUUAUCAAUCAGAAGAAAACAGAAUUAUUAUACUACUCAAACCCACCUUCUCAAUCACUAUUCUCAAUUGAACCACAUCCAUUAGACCUUAUAAAAUUCAAUUACUUGGGAGUCCCAAUGCAAAAUCAAUAUUCAUGGAAUCACAAAAUUUCGCAACUCAUUGCUGUUAUCUACAAAAUUCCAACAUUAGAUUUAAAAUUCGCAUUGACUAUCAGAAUGAUGAAUGUGUUUAUUCUUUCAAAAAUUUAUUACUUGGACCUACAUCAACCUUUAGACAAGACAAAUAUCAAAAAAUUGAAUUUAGCAAUCCAAAAUAAGCUUCCAUUUAAAAUUCUGCUCCAAAAGCUUCACAAACCUCUCCGACUAGGGGGGUUUGGAUUGAUAGAUCUAGACAUUCAAUUACAAGGUCGCAAAGCGAAAGAAAUUUACAAACUUUUUACGGAUGAAAAGAAUACUACAACCAACUACUUGAGAUUUCGAUUACAACAAGUGUGCUUACACAUAUUUCCUACCGUACUACAGAAUGAAAGACUCAGAGUAUAUCCUUGGUACCAUUUCCUACAACAACUGACUCCGUUUCAAGAUAUUUCAUUCGAAGAUAUCAAAACUAGGAUUUUAAACCAAAUUCCGGAUCCUGAAAAAUCAUGGUUUUUGGCAUGGUUUGAAAUGGUCUCAAAUAAAAAUGUACCCUGCAUUCAAGAAGAGCUCAAAAUCUCCGAACUGGAACUAUUACAAUUGACUACAAAAGCAAAUCCACUAGCGCUAGAAGACUUGGUAGAUGCGCGUGACAA